AUGCGGCGACUGUGGGCUGUGUUCAAAGCCCAUCCAUACAUUGGGAAUGUUCUGGGAUACACUGCACUGUUCGCCUCCGCAGAUCUCAUUCAGCAGAGUGUGCUGAGCGACAGACCGGUGUCUACCUCCACAACCGAGACCAGGGCUGGGGCUGAAGGGGCUCUGUUGAAGACCCCUGGCAUAGACUGGCACCAGACGGCACGAGUAGCGACUGUGGGUUUUUGUUUUCAUGCAAACUUCAACUAUCACUGGCUCAGAGCGCUGGAGAAGAUGCUGCCCGGGGGAGGAGCCAAAAUGGUGACCGCAAAAGUUGUAUUGGACCAGCUCAUCGCCGCCCCCCUCACCAUUAGUGCUUUUUACAUCGGUUUGAGUUUUCUAGAAAACAAAGAAGAUCUGCUUGAAGACUGGAGACAAAAAUUCUUGACCUCAUACAAGGCUGGUGUUGUGUACUGGUCUACAAUGCAGGCAAUUAACUUCUCGCUGGUUCCUCCUGUGGCUCGGACCGUGUUUAUAGGAGGAAUUGCUCUGACUUUCACCAUCUUCUUGUGUCAUAUGAAACGUCAAGGGAAGCUAAACCAAUGA